AUGAGUGAAUUCCCUCCAUCUAGCCUUCGACCUCUGAUUGCCGAGGUCUUUGAUCUGCUUCGAUCCCGUGAAGAAUCGGUGUCCGUUGCUGAGACUGCAGCUGGUGGGCUCCUCUCAGCAUGUUUACUGUCGAUGCCUGGCGCAUCGUCCAUCUACAGAGGGGGGUUGACUGUAUACACUCUGGAAUCGCGCAUCGCCUUCGCUGGAUGGACGAAAGAACACCUGGACCAGUACAAGGGACCUACUCCCGAGAUUGUGGCCGGACUCGCAGACCAUGUGCGUGAGAAGCUCGAAAGCACCUAUACGAUCGGUGAGAGCGGAACCGCCGGACCGACCGGUGGGACGACAAGAAAUCGCAUUCCGGGUUACGUAGCAGUCGCAGUGUCUACAGCGCAUGGAACGUAUACUCGCGAGAAGGAGACAGGGACAAACGAUCGCGAGAGAAACAUGGUGGCGUUUGCAGAGGAGGGAUUGAAGUUAUUGCGGGAUGUGAUGUUGGGGAAGGCUGUGUUAUGA